UCUUUCUUUCUUCUCUCUCUUAGUACAGUUUUACUUCAGUUGAAAUGGCUUCCUCUUCCAUAGCCAGGCAAAAUCAAAGUCAAUCAGAAAACGCUUUUGAUCAGAUUGCACCUUAUUCUACACCUAGAUCUCUGGAGCCCUGGGACAUUUUCAUUAACCAUCGUGGAUGUGAUGUGAAACACACAUUAGCCAGUACCAUCUGCCAUACACUUCAGUCCAUGGGAUUGCAUGUUUUCCUGGAUGUGGAUGCCCUUGAGGCUGGUGAUUCAAUUCCAGCAGAGAUACAACACGCCAUAACUACUGCUACCCUUCACAUUGCCAUUUUUUCUCCCAACUAUGCUCAAUCUCCAUGGUGUUUGGCCGAGCUAUCUUUCAUGCUCAAAACUGGUAAAAAAAUCAUUCCCAUUUUCUAUCAUGUUGAUCCCUCUGAUCUGAGAUGGGUUGAUCAAGAAAAAGGAAAAUAUGCCCAUGCAUUCUCAGAGCAUGAAAAGAAGGGCAGAUACAAAUCCGAAAAGCUUGAUGAGUGGAAAGGGGCACUCCACAACAGUUCAUUCUUAUCUGGCUACCUGGGCAGCAAUAAUGAGGAUGAGGCCACAGUUUUGAAGAAUAUUGUGAAUUGUGCACUUAAAAUCAUGAAGAAAUCUCCAUUAUGGGUGGCUGAACAUCCACUUGGAUUAGAUGAGCUGGUACAAGGCUUCGAAUCAGUUGCAACGGAAGAGACAGUAAAAAUCAGGGGGAUCGUGGGCAUGGGAGGCAGUGGUAAAACCACACUGGCCAAAGAGCUCUUCAACAGGAACUUUUCUUCCUUUGAAAGACGCAGCUUCGUUUUCGACGUGCGAGAUGCAGCAUCCAGAAACGCUCUAACUGACAAGCAGAAAAAGCUUCUGGCUGACCUCGGUGCCCAUCAUUUGCCAUUCGACCAUGUAGAUGAAGGCAAGGUCUUUCUCUCAAAUCAUUUGAGCUUUCAUCGGGCGCUCAUCGUUUUGGAUGACGUGGAUCACAUCGACCACUUGAAUGCCUUAUUGCCGAAUAAAGACAAGCUUGGAUCCCAAAGUAUGGUUAUUGUAACAACUCGGGAAUUGGGUGUCCUUAUAUCAUGGGGUCUCUCCCUCUCCUGCAUUUAUAGAAUGCCGGGACUUAACACAUUGCAUGCCGAGCAGCUAUUUUGCUGGCACGCUUUCUUGCAACCCUCUCCACCCGCUGAAUUUGAAACUCUCGUUGAAGAGUUCCUAAAGGCUUGCAAUGGUUUGCCUUUGUCACUCAAGGUAUUGGGGGCACAGUUAUAUGGCAAAAAGUGCAAAGAUUAUUGGAAAUCUCAAUUACAUAAAAUCUUGAGAAUAUUGCCGAGUGAAAUCAAACAAAGGUUACAAUUUAGCUACGAUGCGCUCGAUGUAGAAGAGAAAGAGAUGUUCUUGGAUGUAGCCUGUUUUCUCAUUGGAGAAGAGAAACACACGGCGAUAGCAGUGUGGGAUGGAUCGGGCUGGAGUGGUUUGCAUGGGUUAGAAACACUCGUGAACAAGUGUCUUGUGGAGCUGAUCGAGAAGGAAAUGUUCAAGUGGGGAAGGCUCGAGAUGGAAAACAGGAUAACCAUGCAUGAUCACCUUAGGGAUAUGGGAAGAGAGAUUGCAAGUAAGCACUCACCAUAUCGUCUUUGGUGUCCACAACAGAUUGAUAACAUGAAGCGUUCCACGAAAAGAAAGCCGAUUCGAGAGAUACAACCUGCAGAUUCUUUUGUGGCGUUCAAAGAGUACAUGCAUCAGUUGAUGGGAGAUUCAAUCAGACGAUCUAAGCGCCUUAGAUUCUCGAAUAGAUUACAAAUUCUUUCGGUGAAAGGAAACGAGUUUACCGAAGAAUUUGCAUCAUUAUCAGAAGACCUUGUGUGGCUUUGCUGGGAAGAUUUUCCCCUACAAAAUGUUCCAACAUGGCUUACACUAAAAAAUUUAAGGGUUUUAGAGCUUCAUGUUGCUAAUGAAUUGGAAGAGUUGUGGGAGGAGAAGGCAGAUCCCCCCUUGCAAUUGAGACAGCUUAUUUUAACGGGUUGCCAUAAAUUGCAAUGGCUUCCAAACUCAAUAAGACGUCUUCACCAUCUGAAAAAGCUUUUCGCCGACUUUCAUGGUAGCAGUUUGUCAGAAGAAUUCUGUGGCCUCCAAUCACUCGAGAAUUUGCAAUUAUUCUCUCCAGUGCUAUCUUCACUACCUGAUGGUUUUGGCAAUUUAACAAGCUUGAGAAAUUUAUCUUUGUUGUUUUGCUAUCGUUUGAGCAUGUUGCCUGAUUCUUUCAGUCAGUUGAUACACCUGACAGAUCUAGAUUUAUUAGUUUGUAACAUGCUAUCUUCACUACCUGAUGGUUUUGGCAAUUUAAAAAGUUUGAGGACUAUAACUCUGCGAUAUUGCAAACAAUUGAGCACGUUGCCUGAUUCUUUCAGUCAACUCAUACAUCUAACGGAUCUAGAUUUAUCAGGUUGUGAAAUGCUAUUUUCACUACCUCAUAGUUUUGGCAAUUUAACAAGUUUGAGGAAUAUAACUCUGCGAUAUUGCAAGCACUUAAGCAUGUUGCCUGAUUCUUUCAGUCAACUCAUACAUCUGACUGAUCUAAAUUUAUCAGGUUGUGAAAUGCUAUUUUCACUACCUGAUGGUUUUGGCAAUUUAACAAGCUUGAGAAAUAUAACUUUGUAUAAUUGCAAGAAGUUGAGCAUGUUGCCUGAUUCUUUCAGUCAGAUGAUACACAUGACAGAUCUAAAUAUCAGGUUGUGAAAUGCUAUCUUCACUACCUAGUGGUUUUGGCAAUUUAACAAGCUUGAAGAAUUUAAAUCUGGAAAGUUGCAGGCAGUUGAGCAUGUUGCCCGAUUCUUUCUCUCAGCUGAGACACCUGAUAGAUCUAAAUUUAGCAUAUUGUGAAAUACUAUCCUCACUACGUGUUGUCAAUUUAACAAGCUUGAGGAAUAUAACUCUAAAUAAUUGCAACCAAUUAUUUUUAUCAAGUUGUGAAAUGCUAUCUUCACUGCCUGAGACGCUACCAGUGUCGCUCAACAAUCUUAAAAUAUUCUCUUGCAAUUUCCUGAAGAGCGUCAGGUGUAUUAGUCGUCUCAUAAACCUUGAGACACUGGAAAUAUGUGACUGUCUGCAGAUAAAAGAACUCCCAAGCUUUGCAGAUUUGGCUUCGCUGAAGAGAUUUGUAAUGGAGAACUGCCCCAAAGUUGAAAAAAUAGAAGGUUUGCAACACGCCAAGUCAUUGAAGGAAUUGAUUGCAAAGACCUGCUGGAGGGUGCCAGGUAUACAGAGUUUGGAAAAUGUGGAACGAUUAGAAGAACUGCGCUUGAAAUGUGACACCAUUUCAGCUCUGAAACCUUGUAUUCAGUCUAUAAAGGAAAAGGAAUGUCCAAAAGAGGUAUGGAUACAAGGUAGCGUUAUCCAUUUGGAGGAGCCAAUUGUAAACUCUUUGGAGUUUCCUGAUCUCGUGGUCUUGAAGCCGUCCGAUGUAGGAGAGAUUCCAGAUGAUUCAAAUGACUGGGUUGUACGCAAGAUUCCAAAUGAUUCAGAUGUGUCAUAUUUGUAUUAUGUGGAGAAAGAGGAGGAAAAUGGCGAAGACAGGAAAGUGGUACGUAUAUGCUAUUUAGAACAUGGAGUUGACCAUGACUUCCCACGAAACACCGCAACAGUAGUGUGCGGCAAAAGAGAAAGAGUUGCCAAGGCCUUUCACCAACUAUUGGAACUUUUGGAAUAAUUGGAAGGUAACUGUAAAUGUCUUGUAAGAGUGCAAAUUUGUUGUUUUACACUAAUAAAAUUAAGUUUGUUUAUUUAAAAUAA